AUGAUGUUAUCUUGUUUUGCAUAUAAUUGCACUCAAAGAUAUAUUAAAAGGGUUUCCUUUCAUGUUUUUCUGAAAGAUAUAGAAUUGAGGAGAAAAUGGAUACAAGUUAUGUGGAGUGAUGGUUUUACUCCUAGUAAACUGUCUAAACGUUGUGGUAAAUAUUUCACUGGUAUAAAGGAAGGAGCUAUGUCUGAGUCUACAAAACAGUUAUAUUGUCGGAUUUUACAAGAAAAGUUAAAAAGCGCUACCCACCAGAAUUAUGAAGCUUUGCUACAACACAAAGUUUCAAAGUUGCAAAUUUCUAAUACAUUUGAAACACUGAGAUCUGAACCUGAGUCUUCAUCAUCUCAACAAUCAGAAUCUAUGAUAGUGCCAUCACUAAAUCUAGCACUAGAAACUACACUACCUCAGCCACUGCCCUCUGAAUCUACACCAACAACAUCUAGUAUCAGCAUAUGUCACAAAACAUCAGCUCCGAAGUCAUCUCAAAAGUCACCUUGUCUGCAAAUAACCUUCAAUACUGCAGUAACUCAGGCUAUUCAAAAGGAAAUUCAAAAAGAGGUUGCGAAACAACUGCAAUCAGCCCAAUCACUUGGAUCAGCUUUGCAACAAAGGUUUCGUAUCCAACACGUUCACACAAAAAAAAGAAAAAAUGUAGAUGUGCCAAUAUUCAAAGAGGAGUGUCUCAACAAGCCUGAAAUACUUGAAAGGUUGAAAGAUGCUGAGAGCAAAAAAGCAGCAAAGCAAGCUUAA